CUCCGAGAUUCAGACAGCACCCCUACGCCUAUUGUCCUGUGUGCCCACGUUGUCAUCUUUCUCCGUCAGUUCUUCCCCAUCCGCUGUCGCUCCCCUCUGCACAAGGCUGCGCCAUCUGCAUGACUCUGACGAACGUGGACGGCCGGUGCUGUGACCAUCCACAACGGGCACGCGAAAGCCUGACUCGAGAUCGAUCGACCUCCAACAAUGGCGGUGGAGGUGAGGGCGAAGGAAAAACCCAAAGCCCCAUUUGCGUCUACGCGUUCUGGGGGUCCAUCGGGUGUGUCCAGGCCGAGGCAGGUAUAUAUAUCGACAUCUUCGACGCUGUCAAGGCAGGCAGCGUGGAUUCAGUCACGGCGCUGAUGGACAGGGAUGGGACUCAAAUACUCAAAAAGCGAGACAAACGAGAAGUGAGAGAGAAGAGACCCCCCGGUGGUGUGUCGUUGAUUCCUCUGUUUCCCUAUCUGGGCGCAGUUCACUCCUUUCAUCGCAGCUGCGAAGGACGGUCAAGUUGAGGCCAUGAAGGUCAUGUAUGAGAGAUGCAGCAGCCCGGAACUCUUGCAGCAAACAACUCAGGUGCCUGCCUGGUGGCUGAGGGAGUGAUUUGCAAAUGUGUCGGCGGUGUUCUCUGUCCUGCAGAAUGACGGCACGGCAACUUACUGGGCUGCGAUGAACUGUCACCUUGCGGCUGUCAAUCAGCUGCUGGACUGGGGGGGCCCCAAGCUGCUGUCCGCACGCGGUGGCGCGGUAAGAGACCACACAUGUCUCAAGGCGGCUCCCUGCGCUGAUUCUGUGAGCGGCUCUGCGUCGGAUUGCAGCGGAGAUUCUCGCCGUUCAUGCGUGCUGCUGAGAACGGGCAUUUGGAUGUGCUGAAAUCGAUGUAUGGCAAAGGGGGGAAGGGUUUGCUCAUUCAGCAGGACAAUGUAAGAGACCGAGGAGGUGGCCAAGCCGCACAGGGGUCGGCGGGUCAUGCUUCUCCCUCUGUCGGCCUGUCUGCCAGGCUGGACAGACGGCACUGCACGUUGCUGUUUACAAGGGCGAAGACGCAGUCGUUGCUCAGCUGUGAGAGGGAAACCUAGCCACUCGACAUCUCAUUUGCAGUGUCUCCGUCUGCGCAUGGUGCUGCAGGCUGCAGUGGGGUGGGCCGUCCCUUCUGCGCAUCAAAGAUGAUUCGGUGAGUGCACAUACUUUUGCAGACCAUCGAUCGCUGGUGACGCACUUUGCCUGAACAGGGCGAAACGCCGUGGCAGUAUGCCAACAGAAGCCCUGCCAUCCAGGGAAUGUUUGAAAUAUGCACUGAGGUCCCAAAGAAAGCCGUCGAUGUCGUCCUGAGACAGAUCAAACGUGUACGAGGACAAGAAAAGAUGCCAUUUGCUUUCACAUGAUGUAUCUCUGUCUCAGCGGAACAUCUUUGCAGCUGUGAAGGCCGGUGAUCUCACAUCGGUCACUCAGCUGAUGAAACUGCACGGGCCGGAGACUGUCGAAAAGAGAGAGAGCGGCUGUGAGCCGUGUUGGUAUAGAACAUGCGCCUGUUACCUCGAUGGGGUAAUGCCAUUUCAGGUUGCAAGCGAUCAAUUCGCUGAGAUCUUCACCUGUCCAUUCUUGCAGCUUUAUGGGAUGACGCCUUUCCUUUUCGCAUCGCGCAAAGGGCAUGUUGAGAUCAUCAAUCACAUGUACAGCAAAGCGGGGCUUCCGAUUCUGCUGCAGAGGGGCGCUGGUGGUUGGUCUGCCGUGCACUUGGCUGCCAUGGAGGGCCAUCAGAAAGCGGUCGCGUGGUUGCUAGAGGUUGGCGGCUUCGAUCUCCUCACGUUCAGAACAACCAUGGCGAGAUACCACCACACAUGUCUCGCCUGAUGUCUGAUGAUGAGAUGUCUUGACUGUGAUUGAAUGCAGUUUGGCUGUACUCCCCUUCAUUGUGCUGCCAUGAGGGGCAGCGCCGGAGUUGUCGAGACCAUGCUUCACUUCUUGGAAGGCACUGAACUACUCGAGACAAAAGCUGCCUUCAAGGUGCGUAGAAAUUCAACCUGCUGGAAUCUCGUCCACACGCCAAUCUGACUGGGUCUUUCCUGCAGUCUAUCACUCCCUUCAUCUUCGCUGUCUGCUAUGGCCAUAUUGAUGUGAUGAAACUCAUGUACGCCAAGAUGGGGAAAACUUAGAGACAAAACUGCUUACACAGCAGGACUCUGUAAGAGUCGCCCAAAGGCACACCAAGAUGUCCAGUCCGGUUGACUGGCGUUUGUCUUGUGUACACGCCAUUUGUUGCAGGAAGGUGAUACACCCUUGCAUUACGCCGUGAGGGCAGAACAAUAUCGUGCUGUGGCCCAGCUGUAAGGGACAGAGGACAGGGAAUGAUGGGACAUCUGCAUCAGGAUGUGUCACGUGGAUCAGGAUGGAAUGGGGAGGACCGAUUCUUCUAGAAAUAAAGAACAACGACGUGAGCGCACACCGGUUGACAGAAAGCCAAUGGCUACCCUUGUUUGUUGUUUUCCACAGGGUCGCACGGCGUGGGAUAAAGCACCUUUCUUUGGGCGAAUUAGGGGAGUGAUGAAGAAAUACAGACAAUAGGUCUGAGGCUUAGAGACUUGUGGCUGAGCAGCCAUAGAGAGACAUGAGCAGCGCAGGAUUCUCUUUGUCGUAUGCACUUGGUGUGGCCGGAUUAUAGGCUGUAUGUUGUGUCUUUUGACAGAGAGAAAGAUGAACAUUGACUGCCACCAUCAAAGGGGCAGUGAAAAAUGGCAGUAAUACCGUGUAAGUUCGUGUUUGUCCGUGCAUGUGUACUGGUGAGUCUCUUCGAGCCUAUUGGGAUCAUGAAUGAGCCCACCACGCAUCAGACCAAACACAUACAAAUGGAGGGAUCACUCAUAGAGGGAUCACCCGGAAGACAAGC